AUGAGCGGCAAGCAACAGCAGGACACUUCAAAGCUAAGCGACUAUGAUAUUUUCAUCAGAGCUGAAGAGGAGAGAGAAAAGGAUAGAUUGAAAUCCAUGCCAGCUCUCAGCUUCCAAAAGGCAGACUACAAGCCUCCGGAACGCCAGUAUGAAGAGAUGCGAGCAAGCGAGGUCCCGCACGACCAGAGAAAAGAGGACCGGGAGCGCAAGCGUAUGGAGAGGCGACAAAAGAGUACAAAUGGCAAGGACAAUGGUAAACUAUAUGAUAACUAUAAGAUCAGAGACCAAACAGUACGAUGGAACGACAAAGGGUGUCCAUAG